UACCAGCAGCCCGCUGUCUGGACAGGCAUUGGGAAUAGUCAAACAGAACAGGCGAAUCUCGAGGUUAGAAACACAGCGUCUAUAAGAAGCUCGAAGUACUAAAUAUAUCCACUAAAGGGCUCUGUUACGAAUUCCCUCCCAUCUCAAAGACCAGUGUGGGGGUUUGGCAUGCAUCCAGGCGGAGCUUUGCAGGGAAUGGAAAGCGGUUGAAUAGACUGCAGCCUACUCCCUAAAUUAAACCUAAGAGGAAACAAACCUGUGUAACCUGCAUACGCAAGAACAUUUCUUAGGAACAGAAAUCGCUUCUGUCUCUCCCUUCCCUCUGAGGAUGUUUAGCUUGUUGUCACCAUAGUGCAAAGGACACCACCUCAACAUCAACAGACUGUGAACAACUAUGCCGCGCUUACUCAACAUCCUCACCUCAAAGCCUAGCUGUGGCCCUGUCUGGGUCGCCUUUGUUCUGCUUGGCAUCUUUGCUCUAAACACUCAAGCUAAAAUUGUCCUAACUGUACCUCAGCAAGUGAGCCUUUCAGCCAACUUUUUCACUCAACAACUAACUAUUUCCUGGUUUGGAGGAGAGGCCACGACCUUUGACCUUAUCAUUUUGAGAACCGAAUUCAACGAAACUGUCUUUUAUAACACAGUCCCAACAGUAAUGAACCAGGAUGGUGGUCGGCACCAAUGGACCUGGACUUCUGUUGAACCUCUGGAGUGCACAUCAUUAUCAGUCAAAAUCCGCUCAAGAGAUGGAAUAACAAAAAGUGAAUGGAGUGAACCUCAGAUCCUGAAAGGAAGGGAUCUCCCGAGCAACAGCGAUCAUCAGGUGUAUCCUCAAGACAAAGUCGUGCCUGUAGGGGGCAACACAACUUUCUGUUGUAUUGUGGAGGAGGGAAAGGAGUUUAGAGACCUUCUCUACGGCUCGAUAAAAAUGAACGUGAAACGUUUGAGUCGACGAAGUUAUGCCACCACCGCUGUUAACCAGAACUUAUCUAGACCAACUGGAACAAAUGUUUUGUGUCGUUUAAAGAACAAACUGGCAGGAUCAGUCAUCUUUGUCGGAUAUCCACCUCUACCCACCAACUUUGAGUGCAUAACUGAUGACUUGACCUCAGCUGUGUGUUACUGGGAUAGAGGACGAGGCACCAACCUGUAUGGCAAGAGGAAAACCAGCUACUCCAUAAAUAAGAGGGACUGUCCUGACGGGAAGUGUGUGCUGCCUGAGUGGGAUGGUAACUGGACUCUCUUGGCUGUUAAUCCCCUUGGCCAGUACAGUCUGACUUACUCAGCUGAACUUCUUCACAGAGUGGUGCCAGUAGCACCAGAUAAGCUGAGUGCCACUGACGAUGCCUGGAAUGCCACUGUGCAGUGGCAUUGGCCAUACAGUAGCUAUUCCACCCUGGCUCUUGUCUGCCAGGUACAACUAGCCAGCCACGAUAUAUUGCUUAGAAAUUUCUCAGGUGUGGGUCUCCAUUCUGUUUUCCUGCCUCACCUCCACCCUAACACCAAAUACAGAGUUCGAGUCCGCUGUGGAUCCCUGAAUCACUUUUUAAAGUGGGGCAACUGGAGCAAAGAAUUUCACUUCACAACCAAAUCAUAUGUUCCUGAAGCCCCCGAUGUGUGGAUGUUUGUGAACAGAGACAACUCUGUGCAGGUUAUGUGGAAGCCUCUGACGCGAUGGCAGAGUCACGGUGUGCUCACAGGAUACGAAGUUACUCUCUGGAACCUUGAAGAAAAUGAAAACCAAACCAAUAAUUUAUCUCCAAAAGAUAACUCUUUGAACCUCACGGAUUGGGCUUCAAUCACUGGUGAUAAGAAAGCCAUUGCGUCAGUGAAGGCAAACAAUGUAAAGGGGAUGUCUCAACCUUCCAGCAUAAUGUUAGGUUUAAUAGAUGACAAGUCCGCUCCUUUGGCUCAGACCAUUUAUACCAGCAGUGGUUUCCCUUUGAGCUGGCAGCACAGUGACAACAGUACAGGCGGUUAUUUGGUUGAGUGGUGUGAAGCUGUGUGCACGUCAGACUGCGCUGUGGACUGGAUCAGACUGGACACUGGAAUCACUCAUGUCUCCAUUAAAGAUUCUAUCGUUAAAUUCCAGCCAGGUGUGAGAUACAACUUUUCCCUCUAUGAGUGCCCAUCAGUUUCCCCUGUACUAAUACGGCGCUGGCAAGGAUAUAUUCAGGAGCUGCCCCCGUCUAUUUCUGUCAAUCUGGAGAUCAAUCAGCAGGACUGUGACGUUGUUCUUAGCUGGGAGGAGAUUCCACUGGCUGGCAGAAGAGGAUUCCUCCUAGGCUACAAAGUUUACAAAGUCAAUAACUUCUCCAAUUUCACACUACUUGACGAUCUGAGCCCUGAAAUGAGGACGUACACUGUGAAGGAUCUCUCUACCAGCACCUACAAAUUCACUGUGAAGGCUUACACAUCUGCAGGCGAGGAUACAGGCGGCACUGCUGCCAUCACGCUGAAGCAAUGUGCGGAUGGACUGAUUCUGGAGAUUUUGACUUCUUUGGGAAUUGUGACUCUACUACUGACCACUGUUAGUUGCUUUUGCUACAAGAAAAGAAGAUGGGUAAAAAAGGCUUUCUACCCGGACAUCCCUGAGCCCAAGCUGCCUGGUGAUUGGUCGAGAACACAGGGACCUUUGGACGUGAAGCCGUUUCCCCACAGUAUGGUCCACAUCAUAGAAAAACCCGAGUGGGAUUUUAGUAAGGACACUCUCGUCAUCAUUCCUGAGGAAGAGGAUUAUGAGGGAGAGGGAAUUGGAGAUGAGCCGGUAGACACAGAUGAACCUCAGUUGUUGCGUUACUACAACCAGGUGGUGGAUGAGCGCCCCAUUAGGCCGCGGUUUCCAGACUCCUCAGUUUCAUCCUCGUCUUCUGUAGAUUCAGCCAACACUGAUGUGACGUACACAGGUAUUCAGACAUCCCACUCUUCUUUGGUCUUCCCUUCAGACUCUCAGGGAUUCUCUGAGGGCUUCCAACCACACAGUGGCCUCUCUUUAAGCAGCAGGAAUAAAGGAGAGGGUUACCACCCACAGAUGCACUCUGUAACCCUGGGUGGAAACCUAGCUUCUCCUGAGCCCAUUGUGGAUCCUCACGCUGUUGGUUCUGAAGGCUACAAGCCCCAGAACUCCUGGCUUUUAGACUCUCCCACUGAGGGAGAUGAAAAUAGCCCGGCCCCCUCGCUGGGUUCACCCACGUCUGUAGCUUCUACUCAGUUCCUCCUUCCUGAUAGAGAAAGACAUGAAGAAAAGAGACAACAACCAUCAUCAGCAGCAAACUGGUUCACCAACCUGCUGUCAUCUGCAAAACCGUGACAUCAUCUCAUUUUGGCUGUUAGGUGAACCCUUUUCGUUUCUGUCACCAUUGUCUCAUAUCUACAUGCAAGGAAGAAUCCUCUCACUGUAGCACUGCAUUGUCAAAACUUGCAUCUUGACUGAGUUAAUGCCGUUCAAGGUGUCUUUACA